UAGUGCUGAGCGGCUGGAGAGGGCGGACGGGCGUCACAGUGCUGCGGUUUCGUUUCGAUAUAGUCGGUUCUCGCUUUCCAGCCAUGUCCUUGUUCCAGCGGGUGGUGGACAAGCCUUACUGGAGUCACAGUGGCUCCUAUGGAUUCCCUCUUCAGAGUUUGCUGCAGUGCUUUCAGUGCGUCAGAGAAGAUGAGCACAUCUCUUACGGUGAAGCCAGUCUGCCUGUGCCACCUUUCGGAUGCUCAUUCAGUUCAGUUCCACAUAUGUCUCAUGUUGUCGCGGUGAGCAAUGAGGAAGGCAUUGUAAGACUGUAUGAUACAGAGUGCCGGGACAUGCAGCGAAAGAUACUGAAAGACUGGCAGGCGCACACCAAUGCAGUCUUUGAUCUCGCCUGGGUGCCAGGAGAACACAAACUAGUUACAGCCUCUGGAGACCAGACCGCUAAGCUGUUUGACGUGAAAGCUGGAGAGCUGCUAGGGGAAUGUAAAGGACACCAGUGCAGUCUGAAGUCUGUUAGCUUCUCCAAGUUUGAGAAAGCUGUGUUCAGCACUGGGGGACGAGAUGGAAACAUUAUGGUCUGGGAUACUCGCUGCAACAAGAAAGAUGGCUUCUACAGGCAAGUGAACCAGAUUACUGGGGCUCACAACGUCCCACUUAAGCAAACCCCCCUGAAAAUGAAGAAGCGAAAGCCUGCAGCCAGGGGACUCGCCCCAUCUGUGGACUCCCAGCAGAGUGUGACCGUGGUGGUCUUUCAGGAUGAGUACACCAUAAUAUCAGCCGGAGCAGUUGAUGGCGUGAUCAAAAUGUGGGACUUGAGAAAGAACUACACUUCCUACCGACAGGACCCCAUACCUGCAAAAUUCCUUCCGUAUCCUGGUAGCAGCACUCGGAAACUUGGUUAUUCCAACUUAAUUUUAGAUUCCUCUGGAACCAGCCUGUUCGCCAGCUGUACUGAUGAUAAUAUUUAUAUGUUUAAUUUAGCCGGGUUAAAGAGUGAUCCUGUAUCUGUCUUCGGCGGUCAUCACAAUUCCACCUUUUAUAUAAAAUCCAGCCUUAGUCCUGAUGGUCAGUUUCUUCUUAGUGGCUCAAGUGACCACAGCGCUUAUAUCUGGCAGGUGUCUAAUCCGUACGCUCCUCCUAUAAUGCUUCAGGGGCACAGUCAAGAAGUCACCUCUGUCACUUGGUCUCCUGAUUUCGCCAAGGUUGUCACCUGCUCUGAUGAUAACACCAUAAGAGUCUGGAGACUGAAGAGAGGAGGCAGCAAGGGCGUUGAAGAGGAAGCCAUGAACAGAGUUGGAUGGACGUGUCCAAAGAAGGUUGAACUUCCAUCUACAGCUGCUUUUCUCUGCACUCCUGCAAAAUCCCCCAAGGUCCAAAGCCCUCAUUUUACGUCCUCACCUACACCAGCCACCUGUGCCCCAAGCUAUACUGGGGACCUCCCAAUGUCUUCAAGCACACCUACAUCACCUUUUGUGUCAAUGUCUAAACUGCAGACCCCCAAGAGGCAGAAAGAGGAGACCUCCACGUCUUCUCCCAGGCAGCAGUCUGUUUCUAAGGUGACAAUUAAAAAGUGGGUCACUCGUACACCCAAGUCACUCACACCAACACAUAAAACCCCAUCACCACGGAAGGCAUUUACUCCUAUUGAACAGUACCCUCCAGCUUCUGAAUCCAGAGCACCACCUACUUAUGAGAAGAGGGUGAAGAGGCGCCUGGAGACGAGCGGCAAAUGUACAGAGCAUGAAUGUUUCACUCACUGUAACUGUGUGACAGAGCUGGAACCGGACACAAAGAAGAUGAAGCUGGACCUGGAGCUGUGUUCUGUAGAGAAGGACGGUACCGACACCAGGUGUCUAAGUCUUGGAGACCUGAGUAAAGACACUGUAGAGGGACCUGCUCCUAAAUGUUCCAUAGAUGUUGCCGAUUGUCCCAGUAAAUCACUUUGUCUUAUAAAUUCUGGACCACAAGACAGAGAUAAAGAAAACAGCACACCCGAGAAAAACUGGCUGUCUGCACUGGGGAGCAAGCUGAAAUCUGAUAAGCCCUCAACACACUGCAAAGUAACAAACAGCCCGUCAUCAAGUAGUGGAAGUGCUAAAAAGACCCCUGCAAGAAGUGUAGCAAACUCUCCCGUAUCUGCUUCUACCCCACAUUCUGUAAGGAAGAUUUCCAUGUACUUUCAGAAGAAGCCCACAGAGUAACCAAGCUGCUCUCUAAGAACACUGCCCCUACCUGAAUGUGACUCCAGAUGGUGCUGGUCCUGAAUUGUUCUGUCCGGCUUGCACAUGCUGUCACCUGUGAACUAGAGACUAAUUGAAACAAGCUGAUGGGAUGAUGGGUCACUGCCAUUAUAACAAUGUGGGAUAUUAUAUAUCUAACCGUCAUCUAGUGUCUGAUCAAAUUCUCCAUGAUUUGUAUUGAGGCAUAACUUACUGCCAUGGUGUGCUGCUCAAUAUACUGACAUAUAUUUGUAUAGCAUGGCGGAGAUGCCAGCAGCUUCUGAUAACAUGAGCUUAAUUAACUUUAAUGCAGUGGUCUCCAUCCUGUGAUUCUCCAUCUGUCAGGGCAUGCUGGGAGUUGUUGUUUCCAGUUUAAUUAUGGAAAGCAAGUCAUAGAUUAAUGCGUUACCGUUACAGCACUUUUACACAAUACGGAUACAAGAUAUGCCGACUCUCUGCCAUAUAACAGUUUCCACUUGCACGAGUUGAUCAGUUUUAAUGUUUAUCUUUUUAAGGAAUUUUUAUUUCUGUUUUAGGAUUUUAGUCCUUUUUCUGCUGUAGAAUUUUACCUAAAAUUCCAAAUUGUAUUUAUUGUUUGGUUCAUGGGCAUAGCACUCUGUUUUAAUAUUGUCCUGUUAAUUAUUUCAAUUGUGUAAA